GGGUGUUUUUCCGAUUUCUCAGGCGGGUGUCGUAUUUUUUAACGGUAUUUAAACCAUAUAGAUAGUUAAAAUGAUUUGCAGACAUUUUCUUUCUACGCGAUCUUUAUUGGUUCCACUGACCUGCAGCCGAAAAUUAAGUAGUUAUUCCGAAGUAGAAGGCGUAGGACACGUAGUGUUGGACAAUGUCAAGACCCGUAAUUCUCUUUCGCUUGAGAUGAUGGACAGCAUACAGCGUAACAUUUUGGAUAACCAGGACAAUCCAACAGUACGUUGCAUUGUGCUGUCUGCGCAAGGAAAUGUUUUCUCAGCAGGGCAUAAUUUGAAGGAACUUACCUCGGAUAAGGGAUACGAAUCGCACAAGUUUGUGUUCGACAAGUGUUCUCAACUAAUUAACGUAAUUCUAAAAGCUCCUGUCCCGAUCAUUGCCAAAGUGGACGGUCUAGCGGCUGCUGCUGGUUGUCAGCUGAUUGCUUCUUGUGAUAUGGCGGUAUGCAGUGAACGAAGUUCUUUUUCUACACCGGGAGCGAGCUUUGGAAUUUUUUGUUCUACCCCAGGAAUUGCUGUGGCCCGUGCAAUUCCGCGAAUGAAAGCCGCCUACAUGCUAUUCACAGGAUUACCUAUUGGUGCACAAGAAGCACUAGAAACCGGUUUAGUUAGUAAAGUCGUGGCGCAAGAUCAGUUAGAUCACGAGAUUGAGACUAUUUGCAGUGCAAUUAAAUCUAAAAGCCGAGCUGUGAUUUCAUUGGGAAAGCAAUUUUUCUACGAACAACUUGCGAUGGACAUCAAUGCUGCCUACAGCAAAGGAGCCAAAAUAAUGGCCGAUAAUUUGGCCAUUCACGAUGGGCAGGAAGGCAUCAGAAGUUUUGUAGAAAAACGAAAGCCGUUGUGGAGACACCAGUGAUAAGUACGGCUGAUAAUGAGGUUGUUGUUAUGAAGUGUUUUUGAUAGUUUUUAUAUGUUAAAGUGAUCUGAAGUUUAACUUCUGAAAUGGU